AUGGCCGAUGACGACCCCCAUUUGUCGCUAGCCACCCCCGACGCCCCCGUCGGCUCAACCGCCUCACACUUCUACCCCUUCGCGACAUCCCCAGACAUCAUCCGCUCCCACGAGAAAGAUGCCUACCUCACCAGCGGGCUAGUCCAACAAGCCCAAUCCAUAGUUCGAGCCCUCCGCGGCGCCCGCUACGCCCACAACCACUCCGACGCCAUCAAGCACCUCACCGAGCUCCUCUACUUCUCCCUCACCACCGCUAUCGGCAACCGCACCCUCGGCGAAGAAUACUGCGACCUCGUCCAGCUGGAAGAUGACACCCUCCGCUUGCCCGCUAUAACCCGGCGCGUCGGAUACAUCCUCAGCAGUAUACUAGUGCCCUGGUCACUACAGCGAUUGCUACCCGCGCUCCGACAGCGCGUGCGCAAUAAGCUCGAGCGCAGCAUUGCUAAGCAACAACUCCGGGCUGCGCAGCAGGCUGGCCUGCUCAAUUUCAAUAAAUCUCCUUCCGGCGUGGUGAGCAAACAGCCCAAGCCGUUCUUUACGAAACUGCGGAUUCAGCAGUAUAUCCUUGAACACCUUGAUUCGAUUACAUCCGUCUCGCCGAUCUAUGCGCUUAGCAUUGCGACGUUUUAUUUCACCGGCUCGUAUUACCAUCUUUCCAAACGGAUUUGGCGUCUACGAUACGUGUUCACGAAGAAGAUUGAGGAGAACGAGCAACGGAUUGGGUACGAGGUGUUGGGCGUGUUGAUGGUGUUGCAGAUCGCUGUGCAGGGAUUCCUGCAUGUACGCAAGAUUGGCGCGAGCAUGAACGAAGAUCUAGAAGAGUCUUCAGGGACUGGGGAGAAUCGAUCGGAAGCUGGGGCGCUCAUCCCGUCUAUCCAGAACCCCCUUACCGUGCCCCUGCUUCCUGCGUCAACUGCCCGGUACGACCUUGACGAAGAUCCCGGUGCAGUGGCGUGGAUCCCGGACGGUCAGCAGCGGAAAUGUACAUUAUGCUUGGAGGCGUUUAAGGACCCCAGUGUGACGACUUGUGGACAUGUUUUUUGCUGGGUUUGCGUAAGGGAUUGGGUGAGGGAAAAGCCCGAGUGUCCGCUUUGUCGGCAGGAAGUGCUACUGUCUAAAGUACUCCCUCUGAGAGGGUAG